CGCAUGCUCUACUUCCGCUAGCAAGAAGCACCGCCGGAAUCAAUCAAUUCAAGUUUCUCUUUCUGUUUUUCCCAUUAUCUCGUUACAAUGGACAGCACCAAACAAGACGAAUCUUCGUUUACUUAUGGGGGCACCGGAGAUCAACAGCUUGAUGAAGCUGACCAGAGAGCUGCUAUGAAUGCCCUGAUUGAACAGUGCAGAAAUACAGUAGGCCCUGAGCCAAAGCUGACGAUUUCUAACAAACAUCCCGUCAUGCUGUUGAAUGAGAUGAGGAGAGAUGCUGUCUACACACUGACAGCGGAAAAGGGAGACAACCUUCAAAAGAUCUUUGAGAUGACACUAAGCCUUGCUGACAAGAGUUUCAUCGGAUCAGGGCUGGCCAAGAAGACGGCCAAGCAAGAUGCAGCUGAGAAGGCCCUGAAAGAAGUCUACAACAUUCUCUACGUUCCAGAUGAAGAUGCUGUAGAGAAGAAGGCCAAGAAGAGGAAAGCUCAGGAGGUGGGUGGGCUACAGGAGGAAGACAUCAAGGAGGAAGAGGUUGCAGCAGCAGAGGAAGAAGAAGAAAGUGGGGAGGAGGCGGCUGAGCCAGACGCAGACGGCGACGACGAGAUGUUGGGUAAGAAGAGGGCGUUCCCCACACAUGGGGCAAAUGGACACACGCUGAAGGCAAAGAAACGGAAAAUGCAUGGGCCUCCCACGCCCAAAAAUGCCCUGAUGCAGCUAAACGAACUGAAACCUGGACUGACAUUCCAGUUUGUGUCUCAGACUGGCCCUGUGCAUGCCCCGGUGUUCACAAUGUCCGUGGAGGUCAAUGGGCAGGUGUUUGAAGGAGCAGGGACCACAAAGAAAAAGGCCAAACUGUUGGCAGCUGAGAAAGCUUUGGGAUCAUUUGUCCAGUUUCCUAAUGCUUCUGAGGCACAUCAAGCCAUGGGGAGACAGAUCCUCAAUGCGGACUUCACGUCAGACAGUGCGGACAUUGAUGUCAAUUUGUUUAACAACUUUGAAGGUGAGAAGGGCAAAAUGAUGGAGACCACGGAGGCAGCCCCUGCUGCUGUUCAGAACGGCUCCAGUCACCCUCCGGGACGGAAGACAGCUGUUCCUUCUCAACCUACUGGAAAGAAUCCUGUGAUGAUUCUCAAUGAACUCAGGCCAGGUCUGAAGUAUGACUUUGUAUCGGAGACGGGUGAGAGUCACUCCAAGUGUUUUGUGAUGUCAGUGACUGUAGACAAUGAAACAUUUCAAGGAUCAGGUCGAAACAAGAAACUGGCAAAGGCUCGUGCAGCACAAGCCGCGCUGACCAAAAUCUUCAACCUUGAGUUCAGCCAUGCUCCAGGAACCCUGCCAGUUCCACGUGACGGUGCCCUUCAAGUUCCCCAGAUCCUGGCUGAUGUUGUAUCCAAGCUGGUUCUGGACAAGUUCAGUGAGCUGACCGACGGCUUCACCAGCCAGUAUGCCCGGCGGAAAGUCCUGGCGGGGUUUGUGAUGACACAGGGUCCCGAGACGGACAAUGCACAGGUGAUCUGUGUGACAACCGGCACCAAGUGCAUCAACGGGGAAUACAUGAGUAGCCAGGGCCAGGCGGUCAACGACUGCCACGCUGAGAUCAUGGCCAGAAGGUCCUUGUUGAGGUUUCUGUACUCCCAGCUGGAAAUGCAUCUUGGUUCUGAUCCUGCCAUGGCUGAGGGGUCCAUAUUUAUCAAGAAGGAAAAUGGAGGCUAUUGUUUGAGGGAAAACAUUCAGUUUCAUCUGUACAUAAGCACUGCACCUUGUGGUGACUCCCGGAUAUUUUCCCCCCACGAGAAGGAGGCUGAGUCGGCAGACAGGCAUCCUAACAGGAAGGCUCGGGGGCAGCUGAGGACGAAGAUCGAGUCUGGGGAGGGGACGAUCCCGGUGAAGACAUCGGGAGCGAUACAGACGUGGGACGGAGUACUGCAGGGGGAACGUCUGCUCACCAUGUCCUGUAGUGACAAGAUCGCCAGAUGGAACGUCGUUGGUAUUCAAGGGUCUCUACUGAGUCACUUUGUGGAGCCCAUCUACAUCGACAGCAUCGUCCUGGGCAGCCUGUACCACGGUGACCACCUCUCCCGCGCUGUCUACGCUCGCAUCAACAACAUCGAGAACAUUUACAUGCCUUUCAUGCUCAAUAGGCCUUUCCUCAGUGGCAUAUCCAACCCGGAAUCACGGCAGCCAGGGAAGGCACCCAACUUCAGCGUCAACUGGUGCAACGGCGACGACGGCUUGGAGGUGAUCAACGCCACCACAGGGAAGACCGAACAAGGUCCCAUGUCUCGUGUGUGCAAGCAGUCAUUGUUUCAGCAUUUUAACAAACUCUUCGGCCAGGUGUCCUCCGUGACGAGUCAGACCAUCACAAAACGUCCAAAGUUGUAUUCCGAGGCCAAGGCUGCCGUUAUGGACUAUCAACUGGCUAAGCAGCAGCUAUUCAAAGCAUUCCAGAAAAGCGGGCUUGGAAGCUGGGUGACGAAACCCAUUGAGCUUGACCAGUUUGAGGUUAUUUCAAGUUGAGUUGUCUCCCUUCAUUAACAUGAUUAUCUCCCUUCCUGGUGAGAUGCAUCCCACUGUUUAAGCUCAAACAUGAUGAUUGUACUGAAAGAAAUGAUUAGUUUUGAAUUAAAUUUAGAACUAUAUUUGAGACUUGAGAUAUGUGUUCAUGUAAUUGUGAGAGUAAAACUUAGUUUUCUUUCUUCUCUUUCUAACUACCUUGUCUGUAUGAAUAUAAGAUGUUUCUUUGUAAAUGCUAGUACCAUGGAGGGCCACGCAGUACAUGGUGCAGUGAAAUGGUAACAGUGUGUAUUUUUAUAGUGGCAUGAAAGUUGAAAAGGGUUGUUUAGAAAGUAGUUAGAUAAGGGACAUGUUUGCUCAGGUUGUCAAGUUUUAAACCUAUCCAGGCUUGUGUUGGUAUUUUUAGAUAAUUGGUUAUUUUUCUGCCACUAUGCCUAGCAUCCACUUCACACUGAACUUAAAUUGGGAUUUCCUGUUCUCAUUUCUUUUACUUUUAGCCAUUGUACUUUGUGAUUUUAUCCCGCUGCCCCUGCAGCGAAUGUUUUGUUGCAACAAUUACUUGUUUCUUUUAUUCAUCUGUGUUCUUAUACUUUUUCAUUUUGUUUCAUCUGUUAAUUUGUUACAAAUUUUGACGUGAUUAAAAAGGUAAAUGUUUAAAUUAUAAAAUCAUGAUGUGAAAGGAAGUAUUUUGUAUAAAUAUAUGUAAACAUGACCACUUUCAUUCGAUAUGUACAAUAGUUUUUAAUCAUUUGUGCGCAAAUGUUUUAGAACGGGACAUAUCAAAGAUUUGUGCAGUAUUUCCAAACCAAAUAUUUUGAAGAUCAGAAAAGUGUUAAGAGAAAUCAUAUUUGGGGGCUUGUCUCAAAAUCUUGGGCUGAUUUCUAGAUAUGUAAAAUCAGAGAUAUUGUAAUUGCUAUAGUAAGUGGAUGUCCAAGUGAAAUUAUGGCUAGAGUUAUUGCUAUUGGUUCAGAUAGUAAGUGGAUGUCCAAGUGAAAUUAUGGCUAGAGUUAUUGCUAUUGGUUCAGAUAGUAAGUGGAUGUCCGAGUGAAAUUUUGAGUAGAGUUAUUGCUAUUGGUUCAGAUAGUAAGUGGAUGUCCGAGUGAAAUUAUGAGUAGAGUUAUUGCUGUUGGUUCAGAUAGCAUGCUGAAAGAGUGAAAUUAUAGGCAGAGUUUAUGUUGAGCUCCCUACAGCUAUAGGUAACUUCUCUAACAUUGUUUCUGGAGUGUCAAGCUGUUGUCAUGACGAGCACUCUGAUAGUCUUUGAUAUGUCCCAUCUGCCAUUGCGAUCGAUGUUUUUCUCAAGUUUAGAAACAUUAGGUUUAGAAGUCUAAUCUGGAGAAUGUCACUUGUCACAAUUUAUGGAAAAUGUCAUUUUUUAAUAUUAAAAAACAAAUUGACUUUUUGUCUUAUCUACUGGUAGUGAAUGCACACCUUUCUUUACUUGCAAACCCUGACAAGUCUCAGUGAUG